UCAGCUGGCUCCAUCCCAUUCGGGUCUAAACUCCUCACGCAUGCGCGUCGCGGCCGCUGAUGCGGGAUAUGGAACAGGACCCUUACUUCUGCAGUACGGCGUCGACCAUCCCCGGGGGUGGGCGUUUUUGUCUCCCGGAGACGAGUAUCGUGUUCGCGAGUGGAUGUGACUGUGCCGCUGAAGUAUCGCUCGUAGAACUGUAGACAUACUCUCGAGUUCCGACCGUUGUUGAGAGAUAAAUCGACGAAACAACAGAGCAGAACAUAAAUCAAGUGGAAAUUAAAACAGAAGGGCCGCUCAUACUGGAGUGAAGUAAUCAUAAAAAACCAAAAUAAAAGAAAAGGGUCGGUCGCCAUCUUCCCAGGCCCAUCGUUUAACCUCGCCCACUCAUGAAUAUGACAUCAGUGGUCCUCGCUUGUCCGCCAUGUUGAUUUAUGCGUCGGUGAUCCAUCAUCCUGGCUAGCCAACUCGGAACCUCGGAAACUUGAACCGAUUGCGUAUGCAUGGACUUUUGUGACAGAUCUACCAUUCGGAUGGAUUGCAAUGUUUUUGGAUCAACAUAAAUUUUAUAUUCUGAUCUGUAAAACGAACUACGUGCAAUAGUAGUUUCAGUUUUGAGUUAAAUCUUAUAAAACAAUCAAUUAAAUACCUAAGUGUUAAAUUUCAUAACAAAGAGAGCGUUAAUAAUUUGAUAAAGUAACUAAACGUCGUAAUAACAAGUUUUUUAGCUAUUUUACAAAACAUAAAAAACUCUAAAUUUAGAUAGUAGGCGUGCAAAAACGUGAAUUAAGUAAAAAAUGUUUUUAAAGACCAUUUACCUGCAGUAUUUAAAAACCAACCUAGUUUCUUAAGAUAAAUGGAAAAUCAUGUAAAUAAAUUAAAUGUCAACCGACAAAUAAAAUGGGAAUUCCAAGCAAGCGUUGUACUUCCGAUUUAAGUCCAGUCAAUUUGAGGAAAGAAAAAUCUCGACUAGUGUGAAAAAUAAGGUGAAAAUAUAGUGUAAAAGUGAAGCCAUGCGUCGCCGUCCCCUACCAUCGGUCCGCGAAGACUCGAACGCGAAAUUCUGGCGCGGUUUCUGCGACAACGAGUGGGCUGUGUACGCGUUGGUCGCGUCGGUCGGCGCGCUCACGUAUUCGAACAGUUUGAACGGCGAGUUCGUGCAUGACGACAUACCCGCUAUAGUGACGAACGGUGACGUCACCGGCGCUAACCCUGUACUGAAAAUACUCAAGAAUGACUUCUGGGGCACGCCGAUGUCAGAUACGGGCAGUCACAAGUCGUACCGACCGCUUACGACGCUUACCUUCAGGUUGAACUACGCUCUGUGCGGGUUGUCGGCAUGGUGGUGGCACGCGUGCAACGUCGCGCUGCACGCGGCGUGCUGCGCGUUAGUCGCGCGCGUCGGCGCGGCUGUCGCGCGUCUGCAGAGACCCUUUGCAGCACUCGCCGCGUUGCUGUUCGCUGUGCACCCUGUACAUACUGAAGCGGUGUCAGGAGUGGUCGGACGCGCCGAUGUGUUGGCGUGUGUCUUCUUCCUCUCUUCUCUUCUACUUUAUCACGGUUCGUCGGGGCGCCGGCGCGUGUGGUGCAGCGUGGCGCUGGCGGCGCUCAGCAUGCUGGCGAAGGAGACGGGCCUCACCGCGCUGCUGCUCAACCUGGCCAUAGACAUUCACAGGAGCUGCAGCUCCAUGAGCAGGUCGCCAGUAAGAUGUCGGUGGAAAGCCUACACAGUGUGGGGGCGCGUGGCACGGGGCCUGCUGGUGUUGCUGGUGUUGGCUGGCGGGCGGCUGGCGCUGCUGCAGGGCUCGCUGCCCGCCUUCUCGCCGCAGGACAACCCGCCCGCCUUCCACCCUUCCUUUGCUAUACGGUUGAUGACGUUCUGCUACCUGGCCGCGUUCAACUGGUGGCUGCUGCUGUGCCCCUGGCCCCUCAGCCACGACUGGCAGAUGGGCUCCGUGCCGCUCAUCACCAGCGGCUGGGACCCGCGCAACCUUCUCACUUGUGCGGCGCUCAUUGCACUGCUAGCGCUCUCUUACCGCUGCUUCAUGGAUUUAGAGUUACAGCGGCACACGCCUCUGAUGGUCGGCCUGUUGCUGCUGGUGCUGCCGUACCUGCCGGCCUCCAACUUGCUGGUCACCGUCGGCUUCGUGGUCGCUGAAAGAGUCUUGUAUAUUCCCAGCGUUGGUUCCGUAGUAAUAACAGUAUACGGGGUCCAGCUGAUGUGGAAGCGAGGCAGCAACAGCAGACGGCUCCUAGUGCUGAGUGUUGCCGUCCUUGUCGCGUCGGGUGCUGCUAGAACUUACCUCCGGAACAGGGACUGGAGAACUAGGGAGAGUCUACUGAGGGCAGACCUAGCAGUGCUUCCACACAACGCAAAGCUGCACUACAACUUUGCUAACUUUCUGAAAGACAUCGAGCAGCAAGAGAACGCUAUUAAACAUUACAAAGAAGCGUUAAGACUUUGGCCGAGCUACGCCAGCGCCCACAACAACCUGGGCACGCUGGUGCAGGCGGCGGGGCGCGCCGAGCAUCACUUCCUGCAGGCGCUCAAGUACAACAGGGACCACGUCAACGCGCACUACAACCUGGCUAAACUUUACCGAAAAAAGAAUCGUAUACCAGAAUCGCUGAAGAUGUUAGAACGUUGCCUGUCUCUGGAGCCGCGCUUCGUGCAGGCGCAUCUGGAGCUGUUGCACAUCACGCCGGAGCACGAGAAGAGGCCCACGCUGGACCGGCUGCUGGAGUUGGAGCCUACCAACUGGGAACACUACCAUCUGUACGGGAACUGGUUAAAAGGGAGAGGUCUGUGGCCCCUGUCUCUGGCCUACUACUCGACGGCGUUACGUCUGUCGCUGGACAAGGGCGAGCGCGGCGCGCUGCCGUCCUUGCGCGACGCGUGUCUGCUGCUGAGGAGUGCGGGGCAGCACUCUAGACUACUUCAGCUGCUGACAAGGUGGGGCGGCGCGGGCGGCGGCGCUGCUGCGGCCGAGCGGCGGCGCGCGGCGGCGGCGGCGUGGCGGCUUCGCAGCGAGCUCGAGGGUCGCGCGGCUAAAUACGCGCGAGCGCCGCUGAUGACAUCCACCUGUCUACACCACAGCCAGCUCGAAGUGUCGCCAGAUUAUAAAAACAAUAUAGUGCACAGAGACUCAAGGGCGCCCGCGCCCAGUAUUCCCUUAGAUAAUACAGACAAAUCUGAACCUAGUUGCCAAAGAAACGUGUACAAGAAAAGUGUGUCAAUACCCGCUCAGUAUAAGCCUAUUCAUAACAAGUCGGAAACCGGUGUGAAGCAGAAAAGCUGCCCUUUACAUAAAAAGAAAAAGAUCAAAGAUCCAGACGGACUGCCGUACGUCACCGACCACUUGAUAAAGACUUAUUAAAUUGUAAGGUUUAACAUUUAGCCGACCCCUUACUGAGGGGUCUACCCUACCUACGUCACGAGAAGAGAUCACCAACCUUGGGUCUCAUAUCUGUUGUCUUUCGUAGAAAUUUUGUAUGAGCUUAAUGACUAAGUACCCACUUGAAUACUUUGAUUCAGAUUGAUUUGAAUACUUUGUUCUUCCUUCAUUCGGCCUACCUUGAUUUUGCGGGGCUACGUAGUGAAAUUUGAGUCUGCCUAAAUGAUCGUUAAUCUAGUAGCUCUGUCAAAUCGUCUUGGUACACUAAUAAAGACCACGGGUCACCAGUGUACAAAAUUACAUGCAAACUUUGCCCUGCCCUAAGUUUUUCGUUAUUGAAGGAGCGAAGUUAAAUUCAAAUUAGGUAAUUCAAUAGUCUUUGAAUUACCUAAUUUGAAUUUAACAUCGCUCCUUCAAUAACGAAAAACUUUAUAUUUUUUCGGAAGUGUUGUCGUUUAAAACAAAGAAAAGUAACUGAAUUAAUUAUUGUGGUGGGAUUGGAAACCAAAAAGGUAAUUUUCAAUGUUAAAUCUAACGUAGGAAUCUAAGUCGAUAAUUGUUUCAUGUUACUGUUAAAAAUUAAAUAAUUAUUAUUGAUUCACUCGGUUUGGCUGUUAAGUUUGUUUACAUGACUGUGUACAAAAAUUUGUAUGUAAAAUAUGUAUGAAGAUUUAAAAGAUUUUGUUUUUAUUGGUAUUGCAUACAAACGGGCUGCGUUUUAAUUUUAAAUAUUAAUAUAUUGUACCUACACGUAAGUUUCAGAUAACUUUUCCAAAUAAAAAAAUGGGAAUAACUUACUCAUAUCUAUGUCUAAAUGAAUUUUGGAGUACAAAAUCAUUUAGACAAUAUUGUUAAUAUUGUUUUGAUAAUUAUUGUUUUUGUGUUUUUACAACAACUAUGUAAAUAAAUUGUAAUGAAACUGCGUGCCAUUUUGGAAUUGUGUAAAUUACAUUGUAUAUAAAUUAAUUAUAGAAAUUAAUAUUAUCAACAACAUUUAUUAUAAUUUGCACUGAUAUAAAAUGUUUACAAAAACUGACUAAUUCCAUUGAUACUACAAUGUCUAUAGAAAAUAUAAAAAAAGUGCUGUUAUAUACGAAUUGGUGUAAAUAUUGUAGAAAAACUGAAAAAGAAAACUUUUUUAAAUCUUACUGUAUUAAAAUUGUUAAAACCAAGGUUAAAUGUAUAAGGUAAGUUAAAUAUGAUUGUCAUAUUACCAAAAGUUAAUUACACGAUACUUUGUAAAUGAAGCAUUUCAAUAUAAAAGAGAAACAGCGUGCAUGCAAACACACAUGCAGGUACCUUUAUAAUAUGCAAAUGAUUUGUUUAAUUUCAAAAUAAAUUUAUGUACAAAACAAAUAUUUA